GUUUAAGAUGUAAACAUUUGAUGUUCUAUUAUUCUUCUUUUAAAAGAAAGUAUUUCAGAGUUUUUAAUAGAUCACUUUAUAUCCGUAUCGAUUUUUGCUAUAUAAAGUGCGCUUCUCGACUAUUUUGCAACAAACGUUUAGAAGAUGUACACUAACAAGCAAUUAGUAGUCGCGUUGCUCUCUUUACAAGUGAUCGUAGUUGCGGUGGCGCUGUCGACAACUGCGGCAAGCUAUACCGCAUCCGAAGUCGUUAAUGUGACAACAAGGACCGAUGAUUAUAUUCUUGAAAAUCAGCGUCAAUUCAAUGCCACGUUGCAAGGUUAUUUGGACCAAAUGAGUAUCGUGACGAACGGUUUAGAGGUGGGACUGAAAGUGCUUGAUCGCCAGAAAGUGCUACUGCUCAAAUCGAUACAGGAAACUUACGAAGAAAUUGAUCCUUUAGAAUUGCUAAGCUUGCCGGCGAAAUACUGUGUACAACAAUAUCACGAUGAAUUGCCGUACAAUCAAAUUGUGAAAGCGAAUAUUGAGAGCUGCAUCACUAGUGCACGCAACUAUGCCACUUCUAUGAUCAGUUCUGCCAACACUUAUUAUAGUUACUUGAAAAGUUACUAUACUAAUAUCUUUAAUCCUAAUCUGAACGCCUGUGCGAAAUCGAAUAGCAAUCCGUCCUUGAAUUACACGCUCUGUGUUACAUCCGUGAUUUCCAAGGUCAACAGCUACAUUCAUAGUAACCGUGAAAGUUUUGACGCCGGCAUGCAGACGGCACAUUGCAAUUUGGAGAACCGUCUUGAUAUUGCCGCCGGCUGCACCCACACACAAUUUAACUCGGUUUUGACUUCGGUUGGUGCCGCUACACGCCUGAUUCAUGAUUGCCUCUCUGACUAUUUGGAAAGUUUGAAUGAUAACAAUAACGGUACAAUUAGCACUGGCUGCCCGAAUGUCGUCUAUGUGGAAGUUAAAGAUAGGGAUGUCCAAUCCAGAACCAUAAGCAACCCUCUAUUCGGCCUAAAUAGCACAGCUAAUUGUGUGGAAAUAAGAUUUGUCUAAAAAUUAUAACAGAAUGAAUUUUUUCAUCACAAUGAAACCGAAAAAUGUUAUUAUAUUUUUUUUUUGUCAAAUUAGCUAACAAUAAAUAUAAACAUUCUUUUGAUGAUUAACAUAAACAGAAUUUAUAGCAGAAUCAGCAACAGAAUAACAACAGAACAUGAUUGAUUGAAGCCAAAAAUAGAAUGCUUGAAAUUUCGUGUAACCAUGUAACAACAACAAAUAACUAAGAUAAAGUAAUAAUAAAUGAACUUGACUUUA